AUGACCAUUCAAGAAUACUGGCUUAACAAGAAAAUAAAAAAGAGUUACUUUAGUAAGCAUGACAAUCUAUCCAUAUUCCAUAAAUUUUUGCUUUUUGGUAGGUUUUCAUCUGAAGAUGUGUCUUCACAAAACCAAGUAAAAGCAUCUGUGCAACGACAAAUUAGGCAAAGCAUUGCAGAGGAGGACUUGAGCCUUCAAAACCAUUUAAAUCUGGUUUUGUUGAAUAGUGUUGCACUAUUCUUAAAUAUUCGUGAUGGACCAUACAUGCCUACCCUCCAGCUCCUUCCACCAAUUUCUUGCCAACUGAAAAGAUCUUUGGUUUUCUUAACCAUGAUAAGCUCCACUUUCUUCUAUAAUGCUUUGUGCGUUACUUAUUUGCAAGUAGAUCGCGGUGCGGUAAAAUUUGUCCUUGCUGGUGCAAACAUAAUGUGUCCUGGUCUUACAUCCCUUGGUGGUGCUUUAGAUGAUGAAGUGGAAGCAGAAACUCCUGUGGCAAUAAUGGCUGGAGGAAAACAACAUGCUCUUGCUAUUGGCUUUACCAAAAUGUCAGCUAAAGACAUGCGAGUUGUUUUCUAG